GAGCAACAAUAAAACGGACAACUUUACGACUCUCCUGUGGCCUCUGGAAACGUGUUGAAUUGUUUACUCAGUGGUUGAUGUUAUCAUUUCGCAGUAAAUCGCUGAGUAGCCCACAUCGUCGUUGUUAUGCUUCGUUCAGCUUUCCGUGGAAAGCAACCAGCUGAUUCAACGGCAAAGGAGGAAAAACACGCGUCUAACGAGCAUGGAAAAUCUCAUUUCUUCUUUCACCACGAUCAUCAUCAUGAAGAACAAGAUCGCAAAGAUCAGAUAACAAAUCUAAACGAUGAUGGGAUUCGUUAUAAUGCAAGUGAUGGUGAAUUAUACAUAGAUUGCAAUCAGGAAUUCUUAUCCCUGGAGGAAAGUAGUAGUUCGGAGAGGGAGAGCAGAAAUGAAGCAAAUGGAAGCAGGGGAAAAAUUACUUCAGAGGAAAGCUUCCCAGCUAAUAGUGGACCCAUUCCCAAGAACGUCGGAGGAGCUGGCACUAACGAUUGUCGCGAGGGAAGCUUCUCUAACUCUGAGAGGCAGAUUUAUGAAAUGCAGUUAGCUCAGCUUCAGGAACAGUUAGUUAACACUAUGAUUGACCAUCAGGAACUGAGUAAGUAACAGCAAUCUUAUGAAGAUCACCAGUUAACAAUUAACCCAAUCACAAUGCUAACGUGCCAUUUCAAUAUCCGUGAUUUUGGAUUUAAUAGGGAACUUUUAACGAGAAGAAGGGAAACAGAUCAUGGGAAACUGAACUUUAAGUAAAGUUUUCAGUUUCUGGUUUAGUUUGUUUAUGAAUAUGAAAGAUGUGAGUUAAUAUUUUUCCUUGCUGAUAUUGAUGUAAAAUGGAUUAAGCAGGACCCCCCAGGUGGGGCUAUGGAAAGGGCAGGGGGUGGGGGUUAGGGACACUGAGUAGUUUGGUGAGGCUUUCAAACCCUGACCCUGUUCAAAACGAACCUGGUACAUUUUGUUACCCCAUUUUUAAAAGACAUCAAAGGACUAUUUUCAUAACACCAUUUCAUUUUACUUUAAGAAUUUAUAAACUAAACUAGCAUGACAGAAUAAGAUUUUUUUAAAAAGAAACUCUUCUUAGUACCCCACAUGAAGAUUGUGCACCAUACCACCAACAUUCAUCACUUGUUCAGGAAGCUAAAGAAUGAAAUUGUGUACCCUGUUUAGACUCAAGACUGUAAAAACCAUACCUUGUUCAUUGGCACAUACCCAUUAAGGUUCAGUAAGUGAGUGUACUUACCCCACCCCACCCUCUGGGUAUGGCUUCUCCAAUAGCAUAUGUAAGAAGCUUUCCCCCCUCCCCUUAGGGAUCUUUUAACAGUAUUCUUUAAGCAGGUGAUGUCAUCAAGAAGCUAUCUUGAAUAGUCCUGCCAUUCACCAUGGUCAUUUAGUUUAAUGUGAUAAUUUUAAAACUUGUUUUAUUAGGCACCCAGCUUGAGAAACUAAAAGCUAUAAAUGUUGAAAAGCUUCAAAAAGAACUGCAAGAGGAAAGAGAGAAAAAUUUUGAGCUGAAAGAAAAACUCAGACAGAAGCAGAAGUCAGUGAGUUCAAAACUUCAAAGGUAUCACUUCAUGUGUAAUAAUUUACAUUAAUUGUUCAUUGACCAUUUCCAAUCUAAUAAUUCAGAUCAGAUGUUUUUGUAAUCUAGAGGCCUCACAAUUAUGAAGACUCUUCAUUUUUACUUAUAUCAUAGCUAUUGAAGGUGAUCCAGAUAACAAAGGUUCCGUUUUUUUUCACUAUAUCCUCAAACCCCGGCCGGACCAACACUUGGGGUCUUUAAAUAACUAAAAAGAAAGUGCUGCCUUUGUAAUGACAUCUGCAAAUGGUUAGACUUUCUUGUCUUCUCUGAUAAGGACGAAAAACCGUAGUCCCGUCUCACAGCACUUUCACUGAUCUGUUCAUGUGGGACGUAAAAGAACCCACACUACUGUUCGAAAAGAGUAGGGGGCGUAGACCCCAGUGGUGUGUUCAACCUUUACGGGUUGUGGGAUUGGGUAGGGAUGGCACCUUGCAUGGGACCUAUGAGUCCCAUUCGUACCCAUUCCCUCUGGGCAGGCCUGUCAUCGUCGUUAUCACUAUUAUUAUUAUUAUUAUCAUCAUCACCAUCAUCAUCAUCAUCAUCCAUUAUCAUCAUCAUCACCAUCAGUAUCAUUAUUAUUAUUGUAGGAAAAAUGCAAGCCGAGUACACCACAGGCUUAGUGAUGGUGCAGCAAUAGCCGUCUCAGAAAAAUAUGGAGAUGAAUGGGUAGAUCUUGGUAGGGAGGAAGAGUUGCCUCAUUCGUCUUCCUUAUCACAUGAUGCAAGUGAAACUACUGUCACGGGAGAUCACUCUUAUGAGCACGAGCAAACUGAUAAUGUGCAUGAUGGAGUGCAAAGUGAUACAGCAGGUCAAUCAGAACAACAGACAUCCUCCCUCUCAGGUAACAACACAGGCUACCCAGGUAUGAACUCAAAGAAAGGCAAUUAAGCACAACUGUACGGUGUACGUAUCUUAUCUCAGAGGGAAAAGAUACAGUCAAACGCCUGCAUUAACCCUUUAAGCCCCAGUAUCCACAUACAAUUCUCCAAACUGAUAUCCAUACAUUUCCUUUAAGAAUUAGUUGAGAUAAUUUAUUAAAACAUUAAGGCAUUUUCUCUUUCAUGAUCAUUUUUUAUAUUCUCACAACCUUAUCUCUUGACAAUGUAUGGACAUUGUUAGGAGAAAAUUGCUGUUGGUCAGUAUUGGGACUUAAAGGGUUAAUACAGACACUGAGGGGGCCAUAGAAAGUGUCCGUAUAAAGCUGAUUGAAUUUAGAGAAGAUGUAAGAGCUUGGGACAAGGACAGCUGUCCAUAAUAAUGAGCUGCCAGUAUGAAGUGGGUGUCAAUAAAGUGAGGUUCCCGUAAUUUGACUUUAUUUGCAAGUAGGUCCAAGAAGCUACAGAUACGCCAGUUAGGCAGAGGUUUUGCUAGUUAGAAGAGACUGUCAUGUUAGCCUGAAAUAAAGGCACCCGACUGUUCUGUCCCAGUUCCCCCUCUCAAUAAGUUAAGAUGUGACAUCUUGUCUUUUGAAGGAAAUCAGAUUGAAGAACCUCACAGAGUACAAAGAGUUAAAACAAAGCUAGACAUGUGGAAAAUGAAAGUGUUAGAUCUGGUGAGUUGAAAAUUUCUCCUUCACUUCUCAUCUUUUUUUUCUUUCAUUUUCUCAUCUGUUUUAAUUUGAGUAGCGAACCUUGAGGCUUUUAUUGUUAAUUUGCUCAUUAUGGCAACUUCACCCCCCUCCUCCCACCCCCCAAAUAGUUUUCUCAGAUGACAACAAGUAAUUAUUUUUAUUUAUUUCUAUUGAGAUCUUGGAUAGGUUGUGGGACUUUGUUAAUGAUGAACCAGAAGGGAAUGACGAAGAAGAUGGAGAAGGAGAACCUUUAGCUGUAAAAAGGUAAGUUAAAGAAAUGUUCCUUACGCGUGUUACCAUCCUCGCAAGUGGCGAUUUUCACGCGCGCCCGCGUGUGUUACACGCUCUGUGCCUCUUCUCACCCUGAGGAAAUUAAAAAAACUAUGUCACUGAAAGAGUGUACUUUGCUUGAUAAUUGAAUGCUUAUGUUUAUUUGAAUGUUAAACUAUUUGACCAAUAUCUUCUGUCUAAAUUUCAAUUCGUUUCUUUUGCCUUCUUUUCCACAGAUUGAAAGAGAAUAUCAACCGAUUUAGUAAGUGAUUACAGCAUUUGUCACAUUUAAUUCUCCCGUGUUUUUCAGGUUACUUUCUUUUGUUUUUGUUUUGUUUUCAUCAAAUUUAAACACGCUACCCUUUCAACCAGGUAAGGUGUAAAUUGAAAAGGUGUUUUCCAUAGUAAAAAAGAGAACUUAGUUUCUGAAGUGUAUCUAGCCUUCAUAGUAAAAACAUUUUUCUUUGUUCUUUUAGCCACAGGUAUUAAGCCCAUAACUGGUUUCAUCAAGUCUGUUGGCAGAGUUUUUUCCUGGUCUAAUCCAACGGCAUCGUUGUUAAUAUUCGUGGUUAGUGUCCGUGGCUUACUAAAGGGGCUUUGUAAUGGGAGGUCCAAUCCAUUCUGUUUAAUUUUUCCAGUUUAAUACUGGUACUAGCUCGCUUGAAAAUUCACAUACAGUCGACUCUCUCUUAACGGACACCUCUAUAAGACGGACACCUCUGUAAAACAGACACUUAGAGUUGGUACCUGCUCUUCUUAACUCCUUUUAUUUGACUCUUUAUAAGACGGAUACCUCUCUAAGAUGGACACUUAGUACCGGUCCCAAAGGUGUCCGUCUUAGAAAGAGUUGACUGUAUUAUGUGAUCAAAUUCAGUCAAGUUGUCGCUUACUGGAGCAAUCAAUCCAAAUGACCAUGCUCUCCUACCACAACGUAUAGCGGUGUAUAUUUGUGGUGUACCGAAAUUGUUGUAUUCUUUGUAAAGUUUGUAAGACAACUAUUCUGCACAAGCGAGUGUUGAAACCCGGCCUUCAUUUUCUUUCUCUGUCGCUUUUUUUUCUGUGAAACAGUUAAUUUUGCUUAAAAUUGUCAAUUUACUGCUAUUUACUGUUUCAGGUCUACAUGUAUUCUGUCUGGAAUGGCUAUCUUUUAUCCUUGAUUCUUUUUGUCGCGAUUUGGAACCUUUUUAUGAAUUACCUUCACGCUAAGUAAGUCUUUAUGAUAUCAAAGUUAUACCACGAGCAGUAUAGGUUGAUAGUUUAUACAAAGUGGUUGUAGUAUAGUAAAGUAUGCCAAGUAGUUUUUACAGAAAUAGACUGAGUAGAAUGUAGGGAAAACUGUAGAAUACUGAAAGUUAAGUAACGACACGUUAAUAUUCACGGACGAAGAGAUGUAAAACUAGCCAAAUGAGCGGUCGAAAGGACGUGUAACUUUCAACGAACCUGAAGACGAUGAUAUUUUAAGCUAGUCCUGCGACUUUGUGAAUGUGUGCAAUUUUUUUUUUCAUCUCAAUUAUAUAUAGCACUUUGUGUUGUUUGCCUCAAUUUUGUCGAUCUACUCUUUAACGAAAAAAAUUGGCGAACAAAGUGAAGGGCCAAUUAAUAGAAAUCGAAGUCGCCGACUUCUUUAGCUGUGGUGAUUAUAGCUAAAUAUGUUGUAACACCUGUGCUUUUCUUUCUUCGUGACCAGAGGUAUUGCUAAACAAUUGGGAUUCGUAGACAAAACAAAGGAUGAGGUAUGUUUGUAGACUAAAAACGCAGCAAAGCCAUUGUUCAUUACGUAGAUGAAUUGUCUGAAGGCGUUACCUGUCAAACACGGCUGAUCCAGUUUGUCUUGUCCCCUUCCCUCACUCCCACAGUACUCGCCGGCUCUUUAAUCGCUCCUCACCCCUCCAUUUUUGUCAACAUUUCUCCAAACGAUUCACGAUGAAGUAAAGACCACUUUGUGUCCGUAUUUCUAUCCUCGAGCAGAAACGAUGUGAUGUGUAAAUUUGCCUUUUCCGUCAGGGCAACUCUUCAGAAGAUCACAGCUGGUCCGACAAAUUUCAGCUUGUUCUGCAAGUUGCAAGAAAAGUUCAGGUGGGGAUUCCACCAUUUUAUUUUUAUCAUCGUCAUCAUCAUUAUCACCAUCAUUAUCAUUUCGCUUAUUCUCUUUGUUUAUUACUUUUCUUUUACUUUUCUUCGUUUUGCUUUUUUCAUUGUUUUGAAUAUUAAAUGCGCCUAUGUAUGCGCGCUACAAGAAACAUCGCCACUGAGUAGGUACAGGUACCAAACCGUGGUAUGGACAGCCGCGCACAAAUUGCUGGAUUUGGCUUACGCAUGUAAUUUGUUUCUUAGAACACCCUUGGAAAAAUGGCAGAUUCUCUCGAAAAACUGAAGAAGUAAGAAGACGUUCGUUGAGUUUUGUUUGUUGUUUUGUUUUUGAGUAUAACAUUUGCUAAAUUAAAUACUAUACUUAUCUUUACUACCAAACGAAGUCCUGUCCAACUGUUGAACUGUCUUCACUUUUCAACAUUUCAAUCUUAUACUACUACAUGAGAAAUUUCUGUAAUUUGAUUGGCUUAGAGCAGUGGUAUUUCAACUUAAUUUGAAAUACCUACAUGUGAAAAUUACAAACCUUUUGUGGGUAGUAGUAUAAACAAACAAUAGCAUGAUUUGUACGUGUUAUUUGGCGUAAAUACCACUUGCGAUAUUUCAAAAUGGUCUCAAAUUUCACUCGCCUAACGGCUCGUGAAAUUACAUAUAACAGUUUCGAAAUAUCACUCGUGGUAUUUAUGCCAAAUAUCAUUACAAAUCAUGCUGUUACCUAAUACUAAUCGUGCUUUAUUAACUGAAGCUUCGCAUUUUGGUUUGCCGUAAUGUCUGUAUUAUCUAUCCUGAUUGUUUCAGUUUACUAAUGUGGCAACACCAUGAAGCCACAAGAAAGCUUUUCACUGCACUUUGUAUUGGUCUGUUGGCGUCGCUGCUUUUAAAGGGACCAACUCUAUUUUUGCUGCUAGGUAAUGCAUCAAUCUCAUCAUGAUUUUAAACUAAUUACUGUAUGUCAUUUAGCUAACACAGUCAAAUCAGUUUUAUUUCACCCUGUGACUACGGAAUACGACCACCCUGCUAAUUGCUAAUAUGACCUCGUUAUUUCGAGCACCUCCUAAUUUAUGUGGGUCAAAAUUGGCAAAGGCGGUCAUUUUCUAUAUCGCGCAAAUUUACCUCGAUUUCACGUAAGCUGAGGGGAGAAAUUGAAAAGAACUAAAACAAGUGUGGUCGAUGUUUUGCACUUUUUCUCAGUUAGUUUUUUUUCUUCUUAUGUGACAGGGCUUUUUGGAGGCAUAAAGUUCUUUAUUAUUAAUCCGAUUCAGAAUCGUUUUCCAAAGGUAACCUGGUUUCCAUUCUUUUCUUUUCUCGACAACAAAUAAUUAUUCAUGACGAGUAAGUGUAUAAAAGAACCUUAAUUUACUGGGGAAAAUAGUGGAAGUUCACGAAUCAUGAAUUUGUGAGAUCAUCCUCAAUGAGUUCGUCUUUUCUCAACUUUGCGAGGGGUCUGGUAAGUAGUAGUCUGCCGCAUGAGACGUAAUCGUUUGUUGUGUCGAAUUUCAUUAUGUGAAUUUUUGGCUGUUACGAGGUAGCGCAGGGUACUGGUUUAAAACUCAUCCCCCAAAACAGUCCCAUAGUGCAGUUCGAGUUAACACGGACCCAGACUCAUGUGCAACACCUCGUUCGUCAAAUAGAUUGGAUGUAACGAUAUGACAAAGAGUUAGGAAUUUCGUUCAUUUUGAGAAGGGUCCUCUUUUAUGCAUUUUACUAUAAAUAAGAUGAAAAAUGUUAAUGGCUUUAUCCGCGGCGGAGUUAGAACGUAGGGGUUUCUUAUGUUGAGUCUUACGUUACUCCGUUCCGCGUCGUAUUUUCAAUUUUCAAGCUCUGUGUAAAUAAACCUCCAGGUUUCAGUUCAUUGACACUUCUCUUUUAAAUAAUUUUGCCUGUGCUAUUUUUGAAAAAGGUCAAGAGGCGGUAUGAUAGUACUUCUAAAUUGUGGAGAGAACUUCCAACGGACGCUGAACUCGCUGAGAGGCCGAUUGAACUACUGCGCAAUGAAGAGGUAUACUCAGUCCCUACAUUGUUUCCAAGUCGUCUUGCGAUUUAUUUUGUGUUCAUGUAAAGCGGAAGGUCAUUUUUCAGUAUUACCUCGGGCUCCCUGGAAUAAAAGCACUUCUCCUUGUCUCUAACUGUUUAAAAAAAACUCUUGUUAGAAGCACCACCCAAAUAUCGGUAGUUACACUUCAUCAGUACGAAGAUUUUGCGCUCGUUGCCAAGGACUCAUUUCCCGGGGGAAUAAGUUGUGACGUCACUAAAUGUCGGCUGUCUUCUUAGGCUACAUUAUAAUAUAGUCAGUGUUUAAUCAUUUGAAAGCAUUGGUUUGGCGGUGGAUUUGUAUUCGAGCCAAGAAAGAAGAACGACAAAUUUGAGCGAAACGAGUGGAGAAAACUGUAACAGACGAAAAUUACAAAUGCAUUUCACCCCCAUCACUUUUGUCAUUUUUGUUUUUUUCACUAGGCGCUUUCACACACAUCUUCUUCUAGUUCCUCGUCGUCGCCUAGCAACAGCCAUUCAUCUGAAACAUCAGGCUCUUCGUCAAACCCCUUCGCAGAGAGAUUUAGAUUACCAUCAAGUGAAACUCCUUUACCAGGUAAAAAGCAGGAUUAAUUGGCAUGUCAUACAUGUAGUUCUGUCAAGCAGUAGGAAGCUUAAGCAAAGACGUUUUUGAGCUGCACACGUCAACCGGAAGUAAGGUCUUUUCCCAUUUUGAUAUGCCUUGCCCAGCAAUGCGAAAUGUCCACUUCCGGUUGGCGUGCUUCGCUCAAAAACGUCUGUUCUUAACCACCCUAGUGUCGAAAAAUUAACGUUAUUUUCGUCCCCUUUAAGGCUGGGAAGAUGGCAAAAGAUGCGUGCUAUUAGAUAAAGACAAAUCCUUUUCCCACGUUAAACACAGCAGGUUGUUUCUAACUCAGAGGUAAGAUUUUGUUGAGAUUGGGAUUUGUUUCUCUCUGUCUCUUUUUUUUGGUUUUAGUUAAAUUUCUUGCCUUUUAUGCAGACUGUGAAGGCUGUGAACUCUCCAGAAUAACCUUUGAGGUCUUAGUUGAACGUUCCACAUUCAUAAUAUAUUUACUUUUCACUACCCACAGCUAUUUAUGUUUUGAGAAGUCCAGAUCGUUGAGCGGAAAACAUAUUGUCAUUAAACUUGAUGCAGUCACAAGUCUCCUUAAGGUAAAGUUUGGGUGCCAUGGUUAUGAAGAUCAUUUUCUUCUUUGUUUUCUUCCUUUUGCUUUGCUUUGAAGGGGGAUUCUCAAGAGCUCCAUAUCGACUCAAAAUUUUCUUACAAUGGUUUUAAUAAAGCCAUUUGAAUGUACUGCUUCCCAAGUCUCAUUUUAAUGGCCACACUAUCGAGAUUUUGUUCACAGACUUAAGAGUAGGAACUGCCUUUUACAGCAUCGUAAAUAGUAUCAUAAGAAAGUUCUGCUAAAAAAGUUUAUUUGAAUGGUCAGACCAUAGCAUUUCGUUCACGGAUUCAACGUAGAACUAGUAUAUAAAGGUAGUACCAAGUGAAAGUACUGCUGAAAAGGCUUCAUUUCAACUAUCAUGCAACAAGAUUUCGUUCAGAGAUGUAAAUUGAAAAGUGCAUUACGUUAUUUCAGAAUAGACUAUAGCAGCGUAAUUGAACACCAAAGUAGUGGCGGAAGCUCCCCCCCCCCUUAUUUUUAGACCAAACUGGGCCGAAAAAAAAUUUUGUGGAGACCGCCCCCCCCUUGUCUCAGGGUCUGGACGACGCUCCCCCCAUUACCUGAAGGUCUGUUUCCUCCAGUGCUAAGUGAUGUGGGGUUAUAAGAUUAGACAUCAUUCAGUUCGCAGUAGGCUUAUUACACAUUUACUUUGUUUCUCCAGGCCAAGCCGAUAGGCAUAAUGCCCGGGACGGGAAUGGCGAUAGAAGUUCAACUGCGAGGAAUAGACAAGGUAUAGAAAACUUGACGCUUUGUCUCUCUUCCAGAGUUAAUCAGAAUAUAUGAGAAAUAUCAAAGUUUGCCGCAUACCGAAAAGUGUUUUCUAAAGUAGAUAUUCAUUUGUCAUUAAGCCAUGAAGUAGUUUGUGUAAGUUUGGAGAAUGCAUUUACUAAUCUGGCUGUUGUCCCCUUUUUCUAGCCCUACAUUUUUGGUGCAAUCAUUGGCAGGGAUGACGUAUUUGACAAUAUCAAAGCCACAGCAAGAGCAGCUAAUAUCCCAUGGGCUCAAGACCGAUAACGUGUUGUGUGCAGUAGCCUGCGUAGCAAGCGUUUCCAUGAUAUACAAUUCACGCAUCUGAUGAUAGUAAUCUUUCAGUGUAGCAUAGCGUUUAAAUUAUUCAGUGUUUUUGUUCUAUCACUAUCGCCGAGAUGUUAGCAUGGUUUUGUUUUCAGCCGGUAUUUGACCUCAGGAUGAUGUGGGCGUACAUGCAUUGUCGGUUUUGUGGAAAAGAACUGACUACCGUGCGAUAUUUGUAAAUUUUGUGCAUCUCAAAAGUAUGUAAAUAACGCUAAACGAAUAUUAGAUACUUUGGACUGCAAAACCGGCCUUCGUUGGUAAUGACUGAGUAAAAGAUUUUAUGGAUGAAUGAAUAACACGUUGUUAUGUAGAUAUAUGAAUAUAGUGU